CCAUUGCCGCCUUCUCCCAUUUCCAUUCUCGUCCGUUGCCCCUACCGAAUUCCCGAUCCCUUGCCUCGUCAUCUGGCCCCCUUCCCCCGUCGGCACCCCCUUCUCCUUUCCCCUCUUCCAUUGCUGGCCUUCGUCCCCAUUCUCAGCCCCAAACAUAGCGAACACGUUCCCUUGUGAAGACAUCUUUCGCCGCUGUCUCGGUGUGCGCCGCCGCCAUCUCGUGCCGCCAUUCCCACAUUCUUCGUCACUGAUAUUAUAGAAGGAAACCCAGCUGCUGCCGCAGCUUUCAGUAAUUAGGUUUCCAGACAAAUUGUUUCUGAGAGCACAAUGAAUGGCAGCGUAGAUGAAACGUCUGUGGUUUCAUCAGAGGGUUGGACAAUCAUUCACAUUCCCGAAAAACCUCCUGUUCUUCCUCACCUCCAGGAUACUGUGGAGGUGCUUGCUUCUGCAAUUGAACCUAAGCAUGCUGACACUAUAGUGAGGAAGUUAAAUCAUAUAGCACCAUUGGAAGGUCUCCGCCAUGUGAAGCGCAUACGAAAGACUUGUCUUGAUGGAGGAAAAAGUCAAUUGUUUGUGAUCUUAUGUCUGGCUUCUGGGAAUGAUGGUGACUCCAACUUUGUCCCAGAGGAUGUGCUGGAGCUUGCGAAUACGUACCAGUUGAGUACUUUUACCACCAAAGUGUGCAAACAUGCUGCAUCAACAAAAGAAGAAUGGGAAGAACAAUGCAAAUUGUGGCCAACUUCUUUUCAUCCACCGACCUAUAAUAUCGAUGGCAUAACUGGGUUUAGUGAAGAGGAUUCAUCGGCAGUUUUCAACUUCAUGAAACUUGCAGUUUGUUUGGCAAAAUCUGGCACUUCGGUUGUCAAUGCUGCUGUCAUAGUGGAUCCUUCAAGCAGACAGGUUGUUGCUAGCUCAUGUGACCAGGUCCUGUCUUGCUAUGCUCCCAGAGAAAAUACUAGCAAGGGAUCAUGCAGUUCAAACCAGGCCGAAGGUUCUUCUGAAGUGGUGAAAGCAUCCAAUGAAGCAAAGCAAUCUUAUAAAGAUGUCUGUUGUUUACAUCCUUGGGGGUGGCUUGAGCAACAAUCACAGGUAGGUCCUGAUUCUUGGCACCCUUUAAGGCAUGCUGCCAUUGUUGCAAUUGAAAAUUCAGCUGCAAGGGAUAGGCUUCUUUUUCCCGUGAGUGGACAAAGUCCAGAUUUUUCUCAAGAGGAUUACAAGGUUUUUUCUCCGCCACACUCUUCCUUAAAAAGACAAAAGAUAAAUACAAAUGUUAAGCAUGAUGAGAGAAUGGAUCAUCAUAGGAACGAUUUGCUGUGUGACUCAACCAGACCUUAUUUAUGUACAGGCUACGACAUCUACUUUGUCUGGGAGCCUUGCAUUAUGUGUGCAAUGGCGAUUGUGCAUCAGAGAAUCAGACGUGUAUUUUACACCUUCCCAAAUCCAAAUGAUGGUGCUUUAGGAAGUGUUCACAGAUUGCAAGGAGAGAGGAGUUUGAAUCAUCACUAUGCUGUUUUCAGGGUGUCGCUGCCUGAAGAGAUCCUUAAAAGUGAAGCAUUAGCAACAGCUUCCAAGAUUGAUUAGCGCACAACUCAAACGUCGCUGUAGCUUUAUUCUUCAACACCUCUAGAGAUCAUUCUUAAUACCGAACCAAAUCCCCUACCCUUGAAAUUGCAAUAUAACUGUUGUCUUGUAAGUUGGAUAGUUUUAAUAUAAAAUUUCCCUUCGUGGCGCUUUUCGACUAGAAUUAUGGUGCUGAACUGAAAGGACACAGUUCUGGGGAGAACUUUCCUUCUGUAGUUUGUGAUCAGAUUCUUACUUUACUUUCACUUGUGCCCUUGUGAGAAAUACCAGAUGCUAUUUUGUUUUCAA